UGGAGGCAUUAGAUCUUUCCAACAAUAAUAUCAGCAAUCCAAUUCCCAGAUGGUUGUUGAGCGUUGGGAUAGAGACCUUGUAUUACUUGAAUCUUUCUCACAACUUCAUUCGCGGUUGGGAAAAAGCUCCGUUAAUUCUUCCGUGGAAGGUAAUGGAUACACUUGACCUACAUUCAAACAUGUUGCAUGGAUCACUUGUUGUUCCACCAAUGUCCACAACAUACUUUUCCAUCUCAGAAAAUAGUUUGGUUGGAAGAAUUGAUCCACUGUUCUGUAAAUUGAGGGAUCUAAGAUAUCUUGAUUUGUCAAGUAAUAAUUUGAGCGGUACUAUUCCUCAAUGUUUGGGAAACUUCAGUAGCUCUCUCUUGGUUCUAAAUCUAAGAGGAAACAACUUGAACGGCAACAUGCCUAGUACAUGUGGGGAUGGGAACCAAUUACAAACAUUGGACUUGAGCUACAACAAUUUACGUGGAAAGAUUCCAAAGUCUCUAAUUAAAUGCAAAGAGCUGCAUAUUCUAAAUCUCGGGCACAAUCAGAUGACUGACACGUUUCCUUUUAUGGUACAGAGUUUUUCGAAGCUUCAACUUCUCAUUUUAGCUUCCAAUAAAUUUUACGGUCCAAUAUGGCAUCCACAUAGGUUUUUUGGCUUUGUGAACUUAAAUAUCAUUGAUCUAUCCUUCAAUGAUUUCACUGGAAGUUUACCGUCGCACUAUUUUCAAAAUUGGACUUCGAUGGAAGAAACUUCAUAUAAUAAGUCACAAUUGAAAUACAUUGGUGAGGGAUCCUAUAGCUACUCUGUUACCAUGAUAAAUAAGGGACAAAAUUUGCCUUACAUUAGAAUUUUUACUUUCUUCAUGUGCAUUGAUUUCUCAAAUAACAAAUUUCACGGAGAAAUUCCAAGGACAAUAGGGGAUCUUCAAACUUUAGUCGUGCUCAACUUGUCAAGUAAUAAUUUUACAGGACCCAUUCCACCAUCUUUAGGGAAUCUGAUUAAGCUUGAAUCCUUAGAUCUCUCUCAAAAUAAGCUUUCCGAUCAAAUCCCUCAGCAGUUUACUAGACUCACAUUUCUUGAAUAUUUGAACCUCACUGAUAAUGAACUUGUGGGUCCAAUACCUCAAGCUGGACAAAUUGGUAUAUUUGAAAAUUCUUCCUUUGAGGGAAAUUGGGGAUUAUGUGGUCCUCCAUUGUCAAAGAAGUGUGGAACCUCUCCUUUACCACCUCAUGACAAUGAGAAAUCAGAUGAUUCAAUAUUAUCUGGUUUUGGUUGGGAAGCUGUUGCGAUAGGAUAUGGAUGCGAACUCAUAAUUGGAUUGAUGCUCGGAUAUAUCAUCACCUCAAGGAGCCCAUACUUGGUGUUCAAGGUUUUUCGUGUGACCCCACCUAGGAGACUAGGAGGAGUAAACAGAUGAAAGUGCUUUAAGUUAAGGUAGAAGAACUUGGAUUCUUGUGGCUAAAUGAUGAAACAAGGUCGAAGCCUAGAGCUUGAAGAUGAUGCUAGCUGUUGACAAGUUACCAUUACUCAGUAAUUUGUGUUCUACGGAUGAUGGUGUCCCAUUUAAACUAUGCUUUGUCUGGUUUAUUAAGUAAUAGUUAAUUUUUAAUUUUUUGUAUGAAAACAGUUGUUCAAAACGAUGCAUUUUAUUUUCUCUAAGCUUCGCAUAAUAAAAAUCUUCUUCACAAUGAAGCUUACAUUUCUUGCUACCAUUUCUGGUUUUGUAAAUGCUUAUAAGCUUUGUUGCAUUAAUAAAAUUCAGUCUCAGAAGUUUUAGAGGUCU